AUGUUUCAAUUAGAUGCUCUUAUUGAUACAUCUGUUUUACCAUCAAAUGUAAUGUCAUUACGUGAUGAUAAAUUUAUUGAUUUUGUUAAAGCAGAAGCCGGUGAUGGUGCUGCAGCUCUACUUGAAAUUCAAGGUAUUAAUUGCGUAAAGUCAUUGGUGAUGACGUCUAAUGUUUAUUCUAUUAUGGACGUGAAUAGUAAAUGUUUAAAUGAUUUUAAAAACAAAUAUGGUUAUAUGCAAGACGAUGGUACAUUUGUUAUACAACCUGGAAUAAAAGGAAAUACCGAAUAUCUUAUUGAUUUGUUAAAAAAGAAAUGUAUUGAAGAUGCCAAAGAAACUAAAUCUUCAAAAUAUUGUCAAUCAUCAUCGUCAACAAUAGCAAAAUCAACAUCAUCUGUUCCAUUAAAUAGUUCACCAGAAAAAAUAUCAACCAAAUCUUCCAAUUUAUCAGUUAGUCAACAUAAAACAUAUAUUAUUGAUACAUUGAGGGUGGGGUGUGGGUGUGGGUGUGGGUAUUUGUUGUCUCUAUAUCUACACCCACACCCACACCCACCCACAUUCACACCCACACACCCACCCACACCCACUCCACACCUACCAACACCCACCAGCCACACUCACCCCCACGCCACCCACCCCCACGCCCACACCCCACCACACCCACAGCCACACCCCACCACACCCACUCACCCCACACCCCACACCCCACAUCCACACCCCACACCCACCCACCCACACCCAUACAUUAAAAUUACUUGUCUAGUGCUAUCGCUGCUUUAAGCAAAAGCUUGUUGUAUAUAUGAUAUUUUACUCUGCGAUUGGAUAUAGUAUGAUUUAUUUUCAGCUAGGGGUUCCAUUGAGCCUCUACUUUCCUUGAGAAGUCUAUAGCAAAUAGCAUUGUCAAUGAAUGUUCUAGGAUCUAUACAAAUUUCUAGUAGAAUUUUCCAGGUCUAUUUUACGUUUUCGUAUUACUGUUGUGAACUUUUUUGUUAUGUGGCCUCUGAAAAAAUUUGAAUAUGAUAUCCUGUGGUUUUUCGAAAUCAGUGGAGUUCGAGUUUAGCGGAAGUGUAAAUAAAGAAGAGUCGUGUUGUGGAGAAAUCGAACGAAAAAUAGCAGCGGCUAGCCGUGGGUGGCACUCCGGAGAGGCGUCCACGAGCGACUUAUCGCUGCACUAGAAAGAUUCUUGAAGAAAGGCUUCAGACUGCUGAGACUUAUCCAGUGAACAUCAACAGUUUAGAUCGAAUGGAUAUGGAUAAGGAAUAGCAGUUGUUGAGAACUGAGAAAUGUUUUGAAAUAAACUGUAAUAAUGCCUUUUCUUCACAUGCACAAUAUAUGUAUAGUGCAUUUGACGGAAAAAUCACUUGAAAACUUUAUGUUCAUCUUAUUGUCAUGAGACUUGAAUAAAAUAAACAGGGUUUUCUGCUGGAAUGUUUCAUAAUAAAGGGUGUUCACUAAGUUCUGACCCUAUUCGUAUUUUGAUUAUAACUUUUUUUAUUUUCAACUCUUAGACCUGAUUGUUUUCCCAAAAGAUGCGUCGUAAAAUUCUCUAUAAGACUUGAUAAAGAGUAUUUCUGUAAAAAGUGAAGUAGAGAAAUUGAACGAAGAAUAUCCAACGCCUAGAAAAGGGCCAACUUUCUAAGCUAUUUUCAUUUACAAUCUUUAUAGUAUUUCAAACAACUUGAAAGAAAACGAAACAACAGUGAAAAUGUUUUGGAGUACUUUGAAAUGUGCUCUUUCUCGUCAUGGAUUUCAAAGUCAUUGAAAAAUCUAACAUUCCAUAAUGUAUUAUAAAAUGAACAAAAACUGUUACCUUUCGCCGACUAACUUUAUGAAGAAAACUCUCAGGUAAGCUUUAAAUAAAUUUUUGUUGUUG